AUGUUCGUGGCUUACACGAGGAGUGGCGCCGUGGCGUCUGCGCAGUACCAGGCGCGGAUCGGCUACUGCCCGCAGACGGACGUGGCCCUCGACCUGCUGACUGGGCGAGAAAUGCUGGCGCUCUACGGCCGACUCCGGGGCAUCCGGGAGUGUGACCUGGCUGCGGUCAUCGACCGAACGCUGCAGUUCGUUGACAUGAUGCAGUACGCUGACGUCACCACAGGGAAAUACAGCGGCGGCACGCGUCGCAAGCUUUCCCUGGCCGUGGCGUUCGUGGGUAACCCGAGCGUGGUGCUGCUGGACGAACCGACGGCCGCCGUCGACCCGCAGGCGCGCAGGCGCAUCUGGAAUAUCCUCACGGCCGUCAAGCAGAACCUCGACCUCUCCAUACUGCUCACCUCGCACUGCAUGCGGGAAUGUGAGGCCCUCUGCUCACGGGUGGCCAUUCUGUGUCAGGGCCGCUUCGCGUGCCUCGGCUCCACGCAACAACUCAAGGAGGAUAUCGGCCGCGGAGCCACGAUUCUCGCGCGAUGCGUGCCUCAGGAUGCAGACUCCGUGUGUAAAGCGCUGGAGGAGCGCUUCCCGGGCGCGCAGCUUCGGCGACGUCACCAGCGCGGGGCCCUGCUUCGCUUCCACGUGACGGCGCAAAUGUGGCACAAGCUAUUCGCUGGCAUGGAGGAGCUGCGCGCCGAAGGCCUCGUUUCCGAGUACGUGGUCAGCGACGUCAGCCUGACCGAAGUGUUCCUGCACUUCGCCCGACGAGAGGGCAAGCACAUUUCCAGUCGUGCGGCGUCGUCUCCAAGAGAGGCGUCCCGUUAGACCUCCUGCGCAGCCGCCCGCGCACCGCUACUAGGACUUCG